CUGUCCUGUCGGUGGGGGCAGCAGGAUGCUGGUGGCAGUAGAGGGGGCCGACCGGGUGCCUCCGCAGCUCAGCUGGCAGGGCCCGGCGGGGCGUGUGUGGCUGCUGGUGCGCACCCCCAGCCCCACGCCUCCCCAUGCAGCCCUGGCAGUGCCUCCGGCGCUUUGCCCUGGCCUGGUGGGAGAGGACCGCGGAGGGUCGCGCCCGCUCUCCCAGGGAGGAGGUUGGACCAAGGGACCCUGGGGGCCGAGGGGAGCCAGGGCUCCAACGAGCAGCGGGAGGGAAGCCUGCAGGACUCUGUUCCCUCUGUUUAAAGUCUCCAGAUCCGGAGCGGAGCAGCCCCCCCAUGCUGUCUGCCGACGAUGCCGAGUACCCUCGGGAGUACCGGACCCUGGGGGGCGGGGGCAGCGGGGGCAGCGGGGGCCGGCGCUUCUCCAAUGUGGGGCUGGUACACACCUCCGAGCGGCGGCACACCGUGAUUGCUGCCCAGAGCCUGGAGGCGCUCAGCGGGCUCCAGAAGGCGGAUGCUGACCGCAAGCGAGAUGCGUUCAUGGACCACCUGAAGAGCAAGUACCCCCAGCAUGCCCUGGCCCUGCGAGGUCAGCAGGACAGGAUGCGGGAGCAGGUCGGCGGCUGGACCGUGGACCCUGUGUGCCUCCUCAGCUCCCUCUGUUCCCACCUCCACGGCGAUUCCACCCCCUCCGGGGCUGGCCAGCCUGCCCAGCAACCAAACUACUGGAGUUUCAAGACACGCAGCUCGCGCCAUACUCAGGGAGCCCAGCCAGGGCUGGCCGACCAGGCAGCCAAGCUGUCCUACGCCUCGGCUGAGUCGCUGGAGACCAUGUCCGAGGCCGAGCUGCCCCUGGGCUUCAGCAGGAUGAACCGCUUCCGACAGAGCUUGCCUCUCUCCCGCUCUGCCAGCCAGACCAAGCUGCGCUCACCAGGGGUCCUGUUCCUGCAGUUUGGGGAGGAGACGCGCCGCGUACACAUCACGCAUGAGGUCAGCAGCCUGGACACGCUGCACGCACUCAUCGCGCACAUGUUCCCGCAGAAGCUCACCAUGGGCAUGCUUAAGUCGCCCAACACCGCCAUCCUCAUCAAAGACGAAGCUCGGAACAUCUUCUACGAGCUGGAGGACGUCCGGGAUAUCCAGGACCGCAGUAUUAUCAAGAUCUAUAGGAAGGAACCACUGUACGCAGCUUUUCCUGGCUCACACCUCACCAACGGGGACCUCCGGAGAGAGAUGGUGUACGCGUCGCGGGAGUCGUCGCCCACGCGGCGCCUCAACAACCUGUCGCCCGCAUCGCACCUCGCAUCCAGCUCGCCACCUCCAGGGCUCCCAUCGGGGUUGCCGUCGGGACUGCCGUCGGGCUCGCCCUCGCGCUCACGCCUCUCCUACGCUGGGGGCCGCCCGCCCUCUUACGCCGGCAGUCCGGUGCACCACGCGGCUGAGCGGCUGGGAGGCGCCCCGGCAAGCCAGGGCGUGAGCCCCAGCCCCAGCGCCAUCCUGGAGCGGCGCGACGUGAAGCCCGACGAGGACCUGGCGGGCAAGGCGGGCGGCAUGGUGCUGGUGAAGGGCGAGGGCCUCUACGCCGAUCCCUACGGGCUUCUGCACGAGGGCCGCCUGAGCCUGGCCGCCGCGGCGGGGGACCCGUUCGCCUACCCGGGCGCGGGCGGCUUGUACAAGCGGGGCUCGGUGCGCUCGCUCAGCACCUACUCGGCCGCCGCGCUGCAGUCCGACCUGGAGGACUCGCUCUACAAGGCCGGCGCCGGCGGCCCGCUCUACGGCGAUGGUUACGGCUUCCGCCUGCCGCCUUCGUCCCCGCAGAAGCUGGCCGAUGUGUCGGCGCCCUCUGGGGGACCCCCGCCCCCACACAGCCCCUACUCGGGGCCGCCCAGCCGCGGCUCGCCCGUGCGCCAGUCCUUCCGCAAAGACUCGGGCUCCUCGUCGGUCUUUGCCGAGAGUCCCGGAGGCAAGGCCCGCAGCACCGGCAGCGCCUCGACGGCCGGAGCACCGCCUUCUGAGCUCUUCCCUGGACCUGGGGAGCGCUCCCUAGUAGGGUUUGGGCCGCCGGUGCCAGCCAAGGACACAGAGACCAGGGAGCGCAUGGAGGCCAUGGAAAAGCAGAUCGCGAGCCUCACGGGGCUGGUGCAAAGUGCCCUACUGCGAGGCUCAGAGCCUGAGACCCCAAGUGAGAAGAUCGAAGGCUCCAAUGGAGCAGCCACCCCUUCAGCACCAGCGUGUGGAUCGGGUAGUCGGAGCAGCGGGGCUACUCCGGUGUCCGGCCCUCCCCCGCCCGCGGCCAGCAGCACCCCUGCAGGGCAGCCCACUGCGGUCAGCCGCCUGCAGAUGCAGCUGCACUUGCGUGGCCUACAGAACAGCGCCAGCGACCUGCGCGGCCAGCUUCAGCAGCUGCGCAAGCUCCAGCUCCAGAACCAGGAGUCGGUCCGCGCGUUGCUGAAGCGCACCGAGGCGGAGCUGAGCAUGCGCGUGUCGGAGGCGGCGCGGCGGCAGGAGGACCCGCUGCAGCGGCAGCGCACCCUGGUGGAGGAGGAGCGGUUGCGCUACCUCAAUGACGAGGAGCUCAUUACUCAGCAGCUCAAUGACCUGGAGAAGUCAGUGGAGAAGAUCCAGAGGGAUGUGGCCCAUAACCACCGGCUGGUGCCCGGUCCUGAGCUGGAAGAGAAGGCGCUGGUGCUGAAGCAGCUGGGGGAGACGCUAACAGAGCUCAAGGCCCACUUCCCAGGCCUGCAGAGUAAGAUGCGGGUGGUGCUGCGUGUGGAGGUGGAAGCGGUGAAGUUCCUGAAGGAGGAGCCUCAGCGCCUCGACGGACUUCUCAAGCGCUGCCGGGGGGUCACGGACACGCUGGCGCAGAUCCGCAGGCAAGUGGAUGAGGGUGUGUGGCCACCCCCCAAUAAUCUCCUGAGCCAGUCUCCCAAGAAGGUGGCAGCUGAAACAGACUUCAGCAAAGGCUUGGACUUCGAAAUGCCACCCCCGAGUCCUCCACUGAACCUCCACGAGCUGAGUGGGCCUGCUGACGGAGCCCCUCUUACCCCAAAGAGCAGUAACCCCACCAAAGGCCUGGAUGCUCCCGGGAAGAGAAGCGUGGACAAAGCUGUGUCUGUUGAGGCUGCAGAGAGAGAUUGGGAAGAGAAGCGGGCAGCCCUGACCCAGUACAGUGCCAAGGACAUCAACCGGCUGCUGGAGGAGACUCAGGCUGAGCUGCUCAAGGCCAUCCCUGACCUGGACUGUGCCAGCAAGGCCCACCCGGGACCCACCCCCACCCCAGACCACAAGCCCCCCAAGGCACCCCAUGGUCAGAAGGCAGCCCCCCGGACAGAGCCCAGCGGGAGAAGAGGUUCAGAUGAGCUCACGGUGCCCCGAUACCGCACAGAGAAGCCCUCCAAGUCGCCCCCGCCACCCCCUCCCCGCCGGAGUUUCCCUUCCUCCCACGGCCUGACCACCACUCGCACUGGAGAGGUGGUGGUCACCAGCAAGAAAGAUUCGGCCUUCAUUAAGAAGGCCGAGUCUGAGGAGCUGGAGGUCCAGAAGCCCCAGGUGAAGCUACGCCGGGCUGUGUCUGAGGUGACCCGCCCUGCCUCCACACCACCCAUCAUGGCCUCUGCCAUCAAGGAUGAAGAUGAUGAGGAGCGCAUCAUCGCCGAGCUGGAGGUGUUUGAAAGAAGUUCAGUAUCUUCCCUUCCCCCUACGCCCCGUCGCCAGCCGAUCCCCACCUUGCUGUCCCCCCAGGACCUGGGGUCCCCUGGGGGCUCAGCUCUGGGCUCCCCAUGGAAGAGUGGUGGUGGCAGUGUGCCACCCAUGAAGGUGGUGACUCCGGGAGCGUCUCGGCUGAAGGCGGCGACCCAGGGCCCAGCAGGCAGCCCGGACAAAGGCAAACACAGCAAGCAGAGGUCGGAGUACGUGAGGAUCCAGGCUCAGCAGCAGGCCACUAAACCAUCUAAAGAGAUGAGCGGGUCGAAUGAGACCUCGAGCCCAGUCUCAGAAAAGCCCUCUGGUUCCAGAACCUCCAUCCCUGUAUUGACUUCCUUUGGGGCAAGGAAUUCUUCCAUCUCCUUCUAGAAGCCCCCCUCAUGCCCCCACCCCAGCCUGCCCCCCCUCACUCCCCGUCAUUCUCACUUCCUCUCAUGCCUACUCCGCCCUCCCCACUCUCACACCUGAAGGGUUUUGGGGCCAUGGCCCUCGGCUCUCUCAUCUCCUCUUGGUGUUUUUGGUUUUUUAAGUGAUUCUCUCUUAUCUUUUCUUCCCUCCUUUUUUUUUUAAGAGCAAAAGAGAAAACUAAAAACCAAACACACCAACUUCCCUGACUUCCUGUUCCCUAAUGGCCCCCGCCCCGCCUACUUCCUGUCAUCUUCUCUCCCUCUGCUCUUUCUCCCUCUUCCUCCCAAAUCCAUCCAAAGUUCCCACCUCCCCUAACUUCCCAAGAACACUUGGAAGAAACUCUGAGCCACGGAGACUCGCAGCGGAGAGAGAUUCCCCUCCCGUUACUGGGUUCCUCCUUCCUGGAGGAGCAAACGGACAUGGACUGACCCAGCAUCAGGCUGGACAAUGGACAUGGGAGACCCUGGCCUUGGAGACACCCCACUGGCUGUCCCGCCUUCGAAGAGACAGAACUCUGCUGCUGGCCUCCCCAACCAGGGUGGGCCUGUAAGCAGGCCUGCUGGAUGGGAUCCCCAGAGAAGAGGCCAAGGCUGAGUGUGGGGGUGUGGGGGGGAGGGGGACACGAGGUGCCAGGGGAUGAGCCGGCUCACUGUUGCUCAGUGUCUGGCUGGUGCUAGCAAAGGACAGAAGGAGGCCCCCUGUUCUGGAGGGGUGCUCCUGUGGACAGCCUGCCCCCGGGGCUCUGCCUUGGGAGAGGGCAGCCCUGAGCAAGGGCACUUGGUACUUUCAGUUUCCUAAUUUAGCACUUUAAAUGCCAUUAACUUAUUUUAUGGGGUGGGGUGGGCAACAUGGAAGGGUCUAGAAACAUGUUUGGAGGGUGGGAAGGGCCUGGUUGUGAGGGACAGGGGGAGAAGGGGGUGGGUGCAGUAAAGAAUCUGACCCUCAGCCGGGGGCAACUUGACCUUCAACCAGCCUUUAUGAUUUGAGGGUUUUCAGGGAAGGGGUGAGAUGUCAUUUGUCUCUGGGGAUCUGGUGACCACUGUGAGGUGUUUGAGGAUCCCCAAGACAGAGCCACCAGCUGGUACUCCAGUCAAUGGAUACCUUGCAGGAGUCCUGAACAGGGCAGACUGGCGUUUGAGCGGGCCCUGGAGGCAAUGGGAGAGGCUGGCUUGAUCCUGGCCCGGUCCCCAGCAGGCGCAGAGGGGCCAGAGCAAGAAAGAGGAUGAUAGGGGAGGGCGAGAAAGCUGGCGGGGGCCCCAUCUGGAGCACAAAGUAGAGGAAGCACAGAGAUGUGGGCUUGGGACUCGUCCCCCAGUAAGCACAGAGAGGAACCAUUGAAGGGACAGAACCCCAAGGCCCCGGAGCCUGGCUGGAGAGGCCAGUGGCAGCUGCUGAGUUUGGGGAGGGAGGGGAAACUGGGUUGUGUUUCUUUUCUUUUUUUUUAAUUUCUGUUUUGUUGGUUCAUCCUUGUUUUCUAGCUUUGGGUCAUUUUUUGUACCAAGGCAAGCAAGCCUUUUUGAAAAAUAA